AUGGGUGACCUCACAACGGCAGAGACCAAGCCCCUCUAUCGAGAUACUUCGAAGUCGAUCGAUGAACGGGUGGCGUAUCUCUUAGGACGCAUGACUCUAGCUGAAAAGGCCGGUCAACUCUUUCACAAUAUGCUCCUUCCUGGGCCCGAGGGAACCCUUGCGCCAGCCCACCCGAUGUUUGGAAUGGAAGAUACCAAGCAGCUUGUGUCAGAAAAAUUCAUGACUCAUUUCAACCUUUUUGGACCAGUUCAAGACCCCAUCCAGGUCGCUAAAUGGCAAAAUGCCCUUCAAGAACAUGCUCUCAAGCAGACACGCCUGGGGAUACCUAUUACGAUUUCCAGUGAUCCCCGAAAUCAUUUCACGCACAAUGUCGGAGCUGCAUUCAAAGCCGGCGCUCUGAGCCUAUGGCCCGAACCGCUGGGGUUUGCGGCUCUUCGGGAUGCGGAUCUCGUCGAGCGAUUUGCCGAUAUAGCUAGACAAGAAUAUAUUGCCCUGGGCUUGCGUGUGUCUCUUCACCCCCAGGUUGAUUUGGCAACCGAGUAUCGAUGGGCUCGCAUCUGCGCUACCUUUGGUGAGGAUGCUGAUUUGUCCGGAGAACUUGUUCAGGCUUAUAUUCGCGGAUUCCAGGGAGGCAAGAAUAUCACCUCUGCCAGUGUCUCUACUAUGACGAAACACUUCCCCGGCGGUGGUCCACAGAUGGACGGAGAAGAUCCCCAUUUUGCCUAUGGACGUGAGCAAGUUUAUCCCGGAGAUAACAUCGAGUAUCAUCUCAAGCCCUUCCGAAAGGCCAUUGAGGCCGGUACACGCUAUAUGAUGCCGUACUACGGUAUGCCGAUAGGCACCGAGUGGGAAGAGGUUGGUUUUGCAUUCAAUAAGAGCGUUAUGACCGGUCUUUUGCGGGAAAAGCUAGGAUUUGACGGUAUUAUCUGUACCGACUGGGGCCUCAUCACAGACACCGCAAUAAUGGGUCAGGAUAUGCCGGCUAGAGCUUGGGGCUGUGAGGGCUUGACUGAGCUCGAGCGGACAAAGAAAAUUCUCGAUGCUGGCUGCGACCAGUUUGGAGGGGAGUCGCGUACUGAUCUGAUCAUUCAACUCGUGGAAGACAAGUUAAUCCCUGAGUCUCGAAUAGAUCAGUCAGUGAGUCGCAUCUUGCGAGAAACAUUCCUUCUUGGUCUUUUCGAGAACCCUUUUGUUGAUGUUGAAGAGGCCGGCAAGAUUGUUGGACAACCUAAAUGGAAAGAGGAUGGAGAAAAAGCUCAAAGACGAGCUUUUACUCUUCUCAAGAACUCCAAGAGCAUUCUCCCUCUUCAGAAGGAAGACUGCACUGGCAAGAAGGUCUAUGUGGAGGGUAUCAGUGAGGAAGUUGUUAAGGAGUGGGAAUUCGAAUUGACUGCCGUGGAGGAAGCAGAAAUUGCAUUUUUGCGCCUCAAAUGCCCAUACGAGCCUCGCACUGGCGGGUUUGAAUCAUUUUUCCACGCCGGGUCCUUGGCGUUUUCCGCGGAGGAGCAGGCCCGACAGGCGAAGAUAUUCUCCAAAGUCCCCACCUGCAUUGUGGAUGUGUAUCUUGACCGGCCGGCCGUCAUCCCUGAGGUCGCAGACCAAGCAACCGCUUUGCUGGUGAGCUAUGGUAGCAACGAGGGUGCAUUCUUCGAUGUCGUCUUUGGAAACGUCCAUCCUGAAGGCAAGCUUCCAUUUGACCUUCCUAGCAGUAUGAGAGCAGUGGAGAAGAGCAAGGCAGACCUUCCCUUUGACACAGAGUCCCCUCUGUUCAAGUAUGGACAUGGCUUGAAUUAUUAA